AGCUAUACCAAUUAGGAAGUGUUGAAUUCAACUUGUAGAUUUAUCUUAUGUCCGGUCAACCAGAAAAACAAGUGAAAGCUUGAUAAUAUUUUAUAAUGCUUUUGGAUUUACUCCAAAAUAAUCAAGAUUGAGUGAUUUGCAAAUGAUAUCCUAACCUGUAGUUUUGAAUCAAUACUCAAAAUGACUUCACAAACAGAAAAAGAGUUUGCUGAUUAUGAUGGCAACAAUUGUUGGAACGAAGUUUUUCAAGUAAUUUUUUCUUUAAAAAAAAUAAAUAAAAAUAGCCGAUAUGAUUUAUGAUAAAGUGCCACAUAUAUUGCCUCUUAGUCUUAGUUGUCUUAGUGUUAGUCAUUACUAACUAAGGGCCAGUCCUGAGCCUAUUAAAAAAAAAAAAGCUAAGACAAUGAAAUCAAUGAAAAUAAUUCAUACAGUUGUGAAGUUUUUCCAUAACCAUAAGUCAUAAGUUCAUAGUCCCACCACGUCCUGAUACAAAAAGGCUUAUUUUGAAUCCAUCAGUCAGAAAUGAAAGUGAAAAAGCAUUGUCUGAACUGAACAUUUAAAGUCUGAAAGUUUGAAAGUGAAUGACUGUCACUGAGUCAGGGACUCAGUCCAUGUGAAGCUUUAACUCAUCUGUUCCCUGUACGCCCUAUGCCCUAAUUAAUAAUUAGUAGGAAUAGGUAAUAAUUAGUAAUUUAUAGUAGGGUACCUACCUAAAGUUAAAGUGACAAUUAAAAAAAAAAAUCAUUUUGGCCUAUAUAGCCUAUAAGCAUUUUGUCGCCAUGGGUGUAAAAAAAAUAUAAAUAUUUGUGGCUACACGUACAACUCUUGUCUUUGAGGCAUUUAACAAAAAUUAAUAAUUAUGAUGCAUUUUUGGAUGAAUUAUAUAUUUUCAAGAUUCAAAACCUGUACUGGACUUGUAAAAACAGUAUGAAUAGUCUACUGUACAGGUACCCAUGCUCAUGUCCAUACUAUUUUAUUCACAGGCUGUCACAGGGCUUGAACUGUAACAGCUUGAAUGCAGACUUUAUUAUUUCAUACUUAUUGACACUUGAAGUAUAUAUAUUAUUAUAAUUAUUACAGUGAUCCUUCUUCUAAUGUGGGUUCACUUUUUUCGUGGUAUCACUGUAUGGCACAUUUUUUUCUUGUUAAUAUAAUAUAUCUUAAUCUAAUUUUGUAUCGCAGAUUUUUAACUAUAACGCAGGAUUUUGCAGUAUAUAGGUAUUUUUAUAUAUUUAUUAUUUUAACUAUUUUUGCGGUAAAAUAAGCAUUUUCUGGCUUAAAAACUUGAAAAUAAUAUAAAAAAUAUAUUAAAUAUUAAUUUAAAAAACUUAAAGAAUAUUUAACCGAACCCCUAGAAUAGACGAGGGGGCACUGUUUGAUAUAAUUCUAAUAGAAUCUAGUUUACUAAAACUAAUAGUAUCGGUAAUAAUAUCUAAAUUAUCUUGAAAUGUUAGCCAUUACGAUAUGGCAUAUUUCCUUUACAACCCCCCUAUUGUCACAAAAAGUACCCCCCCCCCUCCCAUGUGACACAUCAUCAUUAGUGAAUGCCCCUCAGGGGUCACAUAACAAUAUGCCAAGGGUCGAUUGAGAACUUCAGAAAUUAGUACAUUUGUAUUUUUUAGUUUCUUAUUGACAGCACACUGUGACGACACUAUAGCUAAAAAAAACCAAAAAAACUUUGAUUCAUUUGGGAGAUAUCAGCAGCUAAUCUCUGACCACCUUUAACUUCCAGCUUCUCAAAAGCUAGGAGUAAGCCUGGUUGUGGGUUGCCACAUUUGGCAAAUGUUAUAAAAGUUUCAUGGCACUGUAAAUGUUGAAAACCACUGGCCUAGCCUCUAUAAUUAAGAAAAUGCUUCUUGUAUGUUGGAAGUGUACAUAGUGUAUAUCAAUUCAUACCUAUCACACCUAUGUGGUACACAUCUUUGUUUUCAAUUGUUGGUAGUGAUAAAUAUAAAUCUGAAAAUUAACCUGUUCUUUCACUGUUAAAUUAGGACUUUUGCUUCUUUUAUGUUUAAAAAUUAAAUACAUGACACCACCUUUGCUUCAUAAUUUUUUUUUUAAUCAGGUUCUGACUGCUAAACAUUUCUUGAAUUUAAAUACUGAAACAGUAUUGUACUGUGUACAUGUAAAUGAAAGUUUAAAAAAAAUCUUAACUAUCAAAAUAAUAAUCCUGGAUAUUUGAGACCAUUUUGGAAUAUUUGUUGAUCCUUAGUUUGUUGUUUCAUGACUUUGACUGGGAUGACUGUUAAAUUGAGUAUGUCUUUUUACACAAAUAAAUUAAAUUGUGUUAAGUAAUGUAUGUGAAUCUUAAUUCAGAGGCUAAAAAAUGAAUCAUCUCUUCUGACACUGGGUGAUGAAUAUUCUACAAAAGAAGCCAGAGAUCCAGACAACCGUCGUAAGAAUCGCUACAGAGAUGUUAGCCCAUGUAAGUAUACAAUUAACAAUAUAAAUCCUAUCGGGUGCAUAAAAUAUAACAGUGACUUCAAUGGUUAGCAUUAUUGAAAUGUUUAGAAACAGGACAAAGGGAUGGUUUAUUGAUGCUGUACAGGUGUUCUCUAAAACGUCUCCAAGGUGAUGAACUGUCUCCCCUAUGUAUAAUUUUCGGAAUAUUUUUACAAAGGAUGGUGUAAAUCACAUAGCAACUUGUUCUAGUAAUUUUUGAUUCCGAAUAUUUCCUGAGGGAAAGUGACCGUAUCAGCUUUAAUCCACUUAGGGACAUGUGUUACAGUGGCUACGGUUGCAACUUUUGGUGCUGAUAUGUGCUUUUAAAGCAGCGAGGUGGCUUCUACCAAGCAUGCCCUAAGGCUCUUGUCUCUUCAUAAAGGGAAAAGAGGAGGUUUUUUGAAAAUCUGAUUAGUGACAGGGUCUGCAAUAAGGUUGGACUGGUUUUUAAGAAGUAGAUACUGAGCAAUAAGGUCAUUUGGAUGAAAGUUAUAAUUAAUUUAGAAAUAUCACUAUUGUCUGAAUGAGUUACUGAAAAAAUUUUUUACAAACACAGAAAAUGAAUAUAAUUAAGGAUAAUAGAAAAAUAAAAUUUAAAAAUAACAUUAUAAAUAAUCCUAAUGAGAAGGAUGAACCUUGUGCAUUUUGUGUGAUUAUUUGGAAAAUAAUGUCACACUAUGUUACAAAACUGAUGAAAUAUGUACAAACAGUUUUUCUAAUUCUUCUUCUCUUCUCUUCUUUAUGCUUUCAUUGAGCCCUUAUAUUUAUUCAAUGUCCCCAAAUGCACCUGAGGCUACUAUCGCCAACCUGGAUCGUUCCAGCUCCCCCAAAAUGGGCGGUAUUGCCCACUUUGGAAAUCACUGGUCUAAGCAGUUGGUUAAAUUAAUUAAAUCAACCAUUAAAUUUUGGAAAACAGUUUUGCCAGUGUACUUCAAGCUACAUUUACAUAGAAUUAAUGAUGUAUUUAUAAUAAAUUUAUUGCAACUAUUUUAUUUUUAGCUAUUUGAUAAUUUAAAUUCAACAUAUGGGGAAAGAAUUUGUGUGAGUAUUAAAUGAUUGAAAACAAUUGUUUAGAAGGUAAUUGAUUCUGUUUUUGUUUGUUCUCAACAUAAAUAAUUAAGUAUAAAAAACUUGCCUUUUCUAAGAUGACCACAGCCGAGUGAAAAUUUCAGGAGAGAGUGAUUAUAUUAAUGCAAGUCUGAUUGAAGUACCAGAAGCAAACAGAAAAUACAUUCUUACACAGGUAAAGGAGAUGGUGUUCAAUCAUGGGAGAGAUUCUCUGCUGGUUAAAAGUUGUCAUAAGCAAUUAAAAAAAAAAACUAUAGUAGAUUUCUUGAGUUUUCAUUCAGACUUUACCAAUGUUAUCUAAGGUCACAUCCAUAUCAAUAUCAAGAAGAAAUUACUUUAAAUCAAUUGGUUACAACUCAUCACACAAACAUUUACAUAAAAAUAACCCAAUAACUUCAGUUUCAAACAAAUGCGCUUAGUUGUUAGCAACUGUUCUUAAAUCACUCUGGGGUGGGGGGGGGGGGGCUUAGAGUCAAAACAAGGUUCUCACAUUUUUGAAGGGAAUGGGGUGAUUGAGAACUUAUUGACUACUUGCUUUGUUUAUUAACAUACAAACAUUUACAUAAAAAUAACCCAAUAACUUCAGUUUCAAACAAAUGCGCUUAGUUGUUAGCAACUGUUCUUAAAUCACUCUGGGGUGGGGGGGGGGGGCUUAGAGUCAAAACAAGUGUCUCACAUUUUUGAAAGGAAUUGGGUGAUUGAGAACUUAUUGACUACUUGCUUUGUUUAUUAACAGUUCAAUUAAAGAAAAUGCCCUUUUACAAUGUUUUCAUUUUGUGCCUGGAAUGUAGAGACCCGUGAACUAAAGUUAUAUUUGAGCAAAAUCUGAGAUUUGCUGCUUAUCUUGAAUUGGAGAUACAAAAAGUCAGUUAAUUAUGUUAAUUAUUAUAUUACAUGUGGCCUAAUAAUUAAAAUAUGCAAAUAUAGUUCAUAGAAUAUGAAUUCCUGGUACAAUCAUAUAUAUUCUUUAUGCUGGAAUAUUUAGAAUCAAGACAUGGUAAAAAGUAAAUACUAUAAGUAUAAUGUACAGCAUUUGAAACAUGAAACUGGUUAUUUUUGUAUAUAUUUUUUGUUAUUGAACUCAAAACACAUCUAUGACAUUAAAAAAACUUGUACCAUAUUCUUUUCCUUUGUAUUUUUUGUACUGCUCUACAGUCAUUUAAGUUUUCUAAGCAGUAUGGUUGUUUUUUAUUUUUUUAUUUGGCCUAUAGUCAUAUAAUUUCUUAACCAAAAAUACUUGUCUCUUUUAGGGCCCUCUUGAGCAUACAAUGUGUGACUUUUGGCAGAUGACUUGGGAGCAAGAGACUCGAGCAAUUGUUAUGUUAAAUAGAGUGGUUGAGAAGGAAACUGUAAGUCAAAUACACAUGCUUCAUUAUUCUUUUCUACUCUCUAUAAGGUUAUUGAUUCUAUUUAUAUUUAACUUCAUUUUUAAGUUUAAUUAUAUCCCACAGUGGAUGCCUACUUUGCCUGGCUAUAUUAUAUUUUUAUGCCUAAAACUUUUCAUUUGCUUUUGGUUUCAUUAAAGAUAACAUGUCUUUUUGACAGUUUCUUAAAACUUCCUGUUUAGUUUUUCUUAUUGCCUUGAAACUUGAAGCUAUUUUCUAUUCACCACCUUUUUACAUCGAUAGUUUUGCAAACUUCAAGACAUUUUAAUUUUCAAAACCAUUAAUAGAAAUAUCUAACACAAUAUAUUAUCUUCUGGUGAACAGCUGAAAUGUUCACAGUAUUGGCCACUUGGCUCAGAUUAUGGAUAUGAGGAAGAAAUGUAUUUUCCCGAAUGUGGAAUUAAGGUUACAUUAUCGGGAGAGCAAGAUUAUCAGCAUUUUACACUCAGGACAUUGGAACUCGAAAAGACAGAGGUAAUUAACAUUAAUUAAUGUUUAAAUUAAAUGGAUUUGCUUCAAAGAAAUGGAUUCUAAAUAAUUAUUGGAAUGUGAUUGAAUAUAAGAAUAAUCCAGCAAUAAUCCAGCAUUGUCUUGCAUCGUUGCCUGGUCAAGUGGUGUGAUUUUCCCCUCCAUGGGAUGCUCACUUGCUAGCCUUUAUUUUUGUAAAAUCUUUGAUGCGGUAAAACAUCCAGAAUUAUCUCUACUUUGAGUCUUAAGUUGAUUGUAAUGUAUCACAAAGUAACCAGAACCUAGAUAAAUAAAUCUUUAUGGUUUUUGUUGGGCAGUUCUAAAAAUCCUAUUUUCCACUCUGAAAUUUCUGUUAGUGCAGGUGAAUGUUACUAAAUGUUUUAUUUUUGAUUAUUUAAAAAAAAAUCAAUUGGAACUUUUAGUUCAAAAUUUAUCCCUAAAUUUCUUACUAAUAAAAUCUGUUGGAAAAUAAAGAAAAAAUAUCCCUUUCAUCAAAAUUAAAGCUAAAUAUCUUUAAUAUACAUUUUUUGCCAAAUAACUGUAUCCUGAAAUACAAAAAAAAAUAAUGGAUACUAAUAAAAUAGUUCAUUUUUUUAACAUACUAUAUUAGAAAAAACAAUUUUACACAUUACUGAUAAAAUGGUUCAUUUAUUUAUCAUACAAUUUGAGAAAAACAAUUCUACACAUUUAGCAUUAUGCAAUAUUUUAUUAACAAUUUGAAAUUUAAUGUUGGAUGUUAUGAACUGGAUUGUUGAGUGGGAUGUUGGUGAACCACUAAGUAGCACUGCGCUUGCACCUCUAACUCACAUUAUAGUAGCAUACCGGUACCAUUAUAGUUACACCACUUAGUAGCAUUAUAAUUGCACCACUAAGCAGCACCAUAGUUGCAUCACAAACUAACACUACAGCUGCACCACAAACUAGCAUUAUAGUUGCACCACUAAGUAGCAUAGGAUUACAGUUUUACCACUAAGUAGCCUUUAUAGUUGUAUCUCUAAGAUCACUAUAGUUGACCCAAUAAGUAGCACAAUACUUGCACCACUCAGUGCUCAGACAGGAUGAACUCCAAGACCCACAAUAACUUCAAGUUAAAUGUUUCACUAAAUUUUGUUUAAAAACUUGUUUUUUAUUUUAUUUUUAACGUAAAUAUUGCAAUUAAUUUCAACAGUCUGGAGAAAAACGAGAAGUUCUUCAUUUUCAUUAUACAACAUGGCCAGACUUUGGGGUACCAUCAUCGCCUGUAGCCUUUCUCCAUUUCCUCCAUUGUGUGCGGCACACAGGAUCUCUAGAAACAAAUGUUGGCCCAGCCAUUGUUCAUUGUAGUGCUGGCAUUGGUCGUUCUGGAACAUUCUGCUUAGUUGAUUCCUGUCUUGUUUUGGUUUGUAGUGGCCCACAAUUUUUUUGUUUUAAACAACCAGAUAAUGUUGUAAUUAAAAAAAGAUUAAAAUUUGAUUCUUCUGCGUGAAUUUGAACAAUAAAAUAGUUUAAUAAAGAUUGCCUUUCAGUUGAACUAUAUCCAAUUAUGUUCAUGAAUAAUCUGUAUCCAUUAAAAUGACAUAGUUUAUAAUAAUGGAAAAAAUGUCAUUGACAUCACAUUUUUAAAAAUAAAUAUCAAAGUUAUAUCCUCUCACUCAUUUCAACUUUGAUCGCUAGCAAUUAAAUACCAGCUUAUUCACUGAAAAUUUUCAACAUGGCGUAGGAGUCAUUUAUUUUCCAACCUUAUAGAAAUGUAUAUUUGCUGUUAUUUCUAUUAAUUUUCACAAUCUAUCUAUCUUUUUUCUCAGGUGGAGAAUACAGGCAGUUUAAACAGCAUCAACAUUAAAGAGAUGCUUCUGCACAUGCGCUCCUAUCGCAUGGGUCUCAUCCAAACAUAUGAUCAACUAAGAUUUUCUUAUCUCGCCAUCAUUCAAGGUGCUUAUGUCAUCCUCAACGGUGGUGGACUCAACAGUCUUCAGGUAUCUCCCCUAGACUGAUAUUUAAAGCCUUUUUUCAAUGAUUCCCUGGAAAAACAUGUACUUGGGUAACAAAGGCAUUAAGACAAAGGACAAUAUAUGGGCUUACAGCUUGUGGCCAUAAAUCAUAGCUAUGUCAAUAAUUUCUGGCAAAUUUCCCUCACAACAAUAACUCCUCCCAUGACCCACGUUAACUCAUUCCCGUAGGUUGAGACUAAAUGCGUCCUUUAAGGGUUUCGACGGAUGCGUCCAAAUGCAUCCUGGCGCCCUGUCCAAAUACAUCCUCACACAUAGUGAAACACCUCUCUUGUUUUUAGUUCAAUAGCAAUGAAAUCUCGCAUUCCUUGAGACUUCCAGCGAUGCCCUGAUUUGCAUGAUUUCAAUUUAAAAACCGGAAGUUUCUAUCUUUUUUCACUUUUAAACUUCGUGGGCUUUAGUAUGGCGCGUCUAUAUAUAGCAUGUGUUUGUCGGACGUGCCAAAAAUCGAUUUUUUGGUUAUUAUUCAUAAGUUUUUCGCCACUGAUGUUAUAUGUUUAUUAAGCAUUAUUCAUUUUUUAAUGCAUUUGACCGUAAUUCAUUAACUUUUUAAAAAUAUUUAGCAGCUUGAACAUUUUUUUUUACAAAUGUAAAUCGAUUGCAAAAUGUAGCUACUUCCCUUCCUCGGGCAUAUAAAUUAAGUACAGAAGUAGCACUGCCAUAAGAAAUGAGUUAAGAGACUCUCCCAUAUUAAAAACUUUCUUAAAAGGAGGCUGCUAAAACAAAAAAAACAACUUACAAACAAAUAAAUUGACCAGCCGCAGCCAACAUAAAAAAAUACUUAAAAUUAGCUCUGCAACCUUUUUUCACUCACAGAACACCUAGUCCAGGGGUCUCAAACUCAAAUUAUCCGGGGGCUGCAGAUAUUGUUAAGUCUGAGUGAGACUUGGCCGCAUUAAGUAUUCCACAAAAACACCUAUGACAAAUUCAAUUAAGUACAACUGUUACAAUCUGCUAAUUAAUAACAAAUAAAAACAUUAAGGGUUCUCAAGAACUAGGUUUCACUUACUUCCUCCUACUCCUUAUUGCCAGACAUCUGGCAGCACUUCAUCUUACACAGCUGAGCAAAUUUGGCUUGAGUGAUGAAGCAACUGAGACCCUCAAUAUAGCUUAAAGAUGCUCAUCAGUAAGUUGGCCCUGAACUUUGACUUGAUCUGCUUGAUCAACCUGGAAAUCUCAGGGAAGGUGGAGGGCAAGCUUGUCAGUUUUUCCAUUCACCUCCCUGAACUUAGCCUUGAUUUCAGAAUGGCACUGAAGAUCAAUCAGAGACCUGUUUACCCUAAAACUCUUAAAAUCGUACAAUAUCAACACAAAAUCGUUCAAUACAUUAUCUUAAUAGUAAGAAAAUAAACAUACAGUAUAUGAGUAUAUGUAAUGUAUGCACCUAAAAAUGGUACACUGUAAUGCCAAAAUCGUAAGAGUAAACAGGUCUGCAAUCAGCUCUAUUUGAAGCGCUAAAAAAAUAAAAAGGAGGGGGGCAUCUUCCUCAUUGAGGGAGAAAGGGUCAUCAAAAAUUUGAAAAGUGUCUCUGUGUUUUAAAGUCUGCAAACCUGUAAUCAAAUUCGAAAUUUGAAAAUGUUUGUCUCCUAAAAUCUAUAAAAUAAAAACUUUUUGUCCGAUUUUAAAAAAGGUUUUUACCAUUGUAAUCAACGCCCAAAUCUAUAAAAACAUAAUACAUAAUAGAAAUCACAAGACUAGUCGGUGAGAUUCAACUGAAACCGUCGCGGAGUGUCACAUUAUAGAUAUGAGAAUGGGUAAAACUCGUGGGCCACAUUAACACUGAACUUUUUUUCAGGUAUCGGGCAGGAAAAUAUCAUCUUGCGGGUUGCAAAUGGCCCGCGGGACACAAGUUUGAGACCCCUGACCUAGACCAUUCCCAGAUUUCUGCGACACACCAUAAUUUAAUUAACAUGUUUUGAAAACUACAACGGAUUGACCGUUGUUAACACGUAGCAAAAUGUUAAAUGUUUUUUAAAAAUUUCUCAAAUAAGUGAAAUGAACAUGAGUAAUUAGAUCUUUUCUACAAAGUGAUAUAGCAUAGAGUAGUUGUUCACUCUUUAAGCUUGAAUAUCAGUAGAAAAGAAUAAUGGGAAAAAUAAAUAUUUAAAAAAUUGCAUGCACAAUUAAUAAAAUUUAAAGGUUUAAAUUUAAAAAUAACUAAUUAACCUUUCAGGCUCUUUUGCUGAGAGCAAAAUAAGCCACUCAAAAAUAAAAGAAACCAAUAUUUAAAAAAUAAAUAAAAUGUGACAUGAUAAACAUGUGUUUGACUGUGUCAACAAAUGAGAUGCAAGAUCUUUGGUACCCUCAGACCUCACUGUGUUUGUUUUCAUUUAUCGGUGAUGAAAUGUUAAAUCUGUAGUGCACAAAAUUUAAACAACCGGCAACAAACACCUGGUCGAGGUAUGACACAGUACAGGCGUGAAAAGCAUGGGAUCAAAGGCCAAAGUGACAGGGAAAAAAUAUAAUCUCCGCUUUAGACACAGAUGUACUGUGCAAUUUGACUUAAAACAUUUGACAGCUUUUUAUUCAGCCAAUCAUUGUCCUCUACUCUUUGUUUGAACAAAUUUAUAUCCUCUUUGCGUGCUUUUCAUCCUCUUGAAGGAAUUUUGCAGCACCACACCUAGCAUCUUCUCAUAGCAUAUCCAUUGUAGAGCUCUGCUUUAAGAUAUUGUAUCUAAAAAUGUGAAUGUGUUACUUAGAAGCAGGAGUUAAAAAUAAAAUCCACUUAUUCUGAGCAUUUUAAAACAUCAAUGACUAUAUAUUUCUUACAUCUUUUUUCUGUUUCUCAUACAAUUAUUUUGCAUCCAUUUAUUUUUUAUUUUAUGAUUAGAGAGAAAUGAAACAGCUUAAAAAAGUGCGAACUAUGUAAUUUAGAGAUUGCAUUGGUUGUAUGAAGGAGUCAAAGCUAAGAUAGAAGUAAAGUUGGAAAGGAAUGUUAACGGAAGUGCAUGAAAUGUAAUUAAUGAAAGCCAGUAAAAGGAUGUAAUUUUGCUAUGUCACUUUGCCUGCCAAGCUUUGAUGACAUGUCCUUUUGGAUUGUUUAGAAACUAUCAUAUUUUCAUCCAUUAACAGAACCAUUUAGAAGGCCCCCCACCCCCACCUGAACGCACCACCAGUCUCCUUCCCAAGUUUGAAAUUCCCAGCGUGGAGAAUUUGUUACAGAAUAUAGAAAACCUGCCUCCCCCUGUCCCACCCAAGAAGAGCCCCCUCCAAAGACAAGCCGGUUGUUCAGGCUGGGACGGUGACCCGGAGGAAUCAUCAAAAAGAUGGUCAGAUGCAGAGAAUGAAGAUGAUGAAGAGUUUGAUAAGCUGAUUGACAGAGAUGAAGAUGUAGGGAGGGACAGCGAAGACAGCGACACUGAAAGGUAAAAACAAAAGUAUUUCUCUCCUUCUUUCUUUCAUUGGAUAAACAGUAGAAACCAAUUUGAACAAUUAGAGUACGUUCCUUCGAAGAAAGAUUUUCAGAUUUUGUGAAAGGGGUUACGUUACUAAAACAAGUCAUCACUUAGUGCAGGCUGCUUUUCAAAAGAUUAAAAAAAAAAAUUUAAAAGGAUUUUUAGGCUUUGCCUAUUCAAGCUGAGAAUAUGCUACUGCAAGUUAGGCUAGGUGACAUAGGCAAGGUUACUGUGACCAGUUAAGUCACAUGAUGCAAGUUAAGCUGUUAGACCAAGUUAGCCUAUGUUACACACUUAUUUAGUUAUUUACACAUGUAACUUACAAAAUCCUGUUCCCAAAUUUCUACCAAUUUAAAAAGUCACAUUGUUUUCUACAAACAAAAGGUUAUGUUGCUUGCUUACAUAAUACUCAUUCUUUUUAACAUUAUCAGGGCAGCAGAAAUACGACACAACAUCAGGGAGGAGAGGAAAAGGCAAACUCUGGAAAAGUUGCGCAAAAUGAAAGAACGUCAGCAGAAAAGCGAGCGGUGGAGGCCAUACAAACCCUAUUUUCGUUCUUCUAUUUAUUUCGGACUUGCCGUUCUUGUUGGUGUGGCUGGUGUCCUGGUGUACAAGUAUUUCCUGUAAAAAUAAUUCUCCAUACAAAGAUUGUUGAGCUCAGCUUGUGUCACUGUUGCUGUUGAAAACAUGAAGAAAAAACAACAACAAAAUGUUGUUGUUUUUUUUCAUUUCAUAUCUGUUAUUACAAAAGGCUAUUCAUAACUCAUAUGAAAAUAUAUAUAUUGAUAGUGUAUAUAUAUAUAUCUAUAUAUAUCUAUCUAUCAAAUUAUUGCCAUCAUCAAAGAAGUAUUAUGCUUCACUUUCUUCCCAAUCUGAGUGUUGUUGCUUGCAUUGUGAGGAAGGAUUUGUAUGUUGAUAUUCUUGUUAUCUUUAUUGUCAUCGUUUGCCAACAGGUUUUGACAGAUGAUCAGAGAUUUUUUUUCUACUUUGUCACUCCUACUUUCAUUUUGAAGGAAAUGUAACCGAAAAAAUAUAUAUCUGCAUAUUAAACUGCCGGAAUAUGUUUGAUUUUUGUCUCAUUAAAAUUGUUUUGUGCACCAGGACGACAAAUUAAAUUUAACCCUAACCCUA